AUGAGGAAUGUAGGUGUUCUGCUUCCACAAGGAAUAGACUUCAAGAUCAAAACAGUUGAAUUACAAGGAAAAAAGAUCAAGCUUCAGAUCUGGGACACUGCAGGACAGGAGCGAUUUCACACCAUCACCACCUCCUACUACAGAGGAGCCAUGGGGAUUAUGCUAGUGUAUGACAUCACUAAUGCCAAAAGCUUUGAAAACAUCAGCAAAUGGCUCAGAAACAUCGACGAGCAUGCCAAUGAAGACGUGGAGAGGAUGCUGUUAGGAAACAAGUGUGACAUGGAAGAUAAGAGAGUCGUACCUAAAGCAAAAGGAGAGCAGAUUGCGAGGGAGCAUGGUAUUAGGUUUUUCGAAACUAGUGCAAAAGCAAAUAUAAACAUUGAGAAGGCAUUCCUCACAUUAGCAGAAGACAUUCUUCGAAAGACCCCUGUAAAAGAGCCCAACAGUGAAAAUGUAGAUAUCAGCAGUGGAGGAGGGGUGACGGGCUGGAAGAGCAAGUGUUGCUGAACGUUCUCCUCGAUCACCAAUCGCCAUCCACCACCCCUUUUUUUCUUGCUGCGAAAUAAACCACUUGCCCACUUCUAACCUGAAAGGAAUGUUUCGUUCCUCAUCUUAAUGAGCUCCAGCCACCCUUUGUUCUUCCAUUUAGGACAGCUUGCUGACUCGCAUUCUCUCAACAAAAUGUAUAGAAAAAUCAUGUUUGUGACUUCAUUUUUCAUGUGUCUGCUCAACUCACCACUACAUUUUGGUUGUAUUAUAGUCCCAUUCUUGACAUGAAAUCUUACAGCAAUCACUUCAGCUCUCUUCUGCAAAUUGUAUAAGAAUAAAAGUUAGAAUUAACAAUUUAUUUUGUACAACAGUGGAAUUUUCUGUUAUGGAUAAUGUGCUUGAGUCCCCGUAUUCUGUAGCCAUGCAUCAGCAACAAAGCCAGGAAAAACCUCGUUUUCGCCUGGAGUAUGUAAAUGGGGUUUGUUUUGUCCUGUGCCUUAUGUGGGAAGGGAACUGUUUUCCCUUAGUUCUGGUGGAAGCAUGUGCAGGAGACAGACCAUCCACACUUGGCCACUGUACAGUGUUCCAGUCCUUUGUGGUUGCGUUGCUGUGAUUGUUGGUGUAGUGAAUAGAGGACAGAGGGCGAUGCAAAUAUCUUCAGUAUAUCUGCAAAGUCUCCCCUUGGGCGAGCUAGCCAGUCACAACUGGGCCCGCUGCCAUUUUCUCUUUCCUUUUGCCUGCAUGUUGCUUUUUGUUUCCCUUUCCAUGGUGCGAUGUGUUAAUGAAAAGAUGGCAACCCCGUAUAUUUGCCAAAGCUAAUACAAAGCACUGAUUCAGCUUUCAUGUUAUGCCUACUAAUUUCCCUCUAGCCGGUGUCCCCCUCUUUCCUCUUGCAUAGCCUUUGGGUUUUCUCAUCUGGAUGAGGUAUUUGCAUGCACUAGUUUUUGAUGGAGGGUGAUGUGGUUCUCCACUUUGUGUGUGACUAUAACAUGCGGUUCCCCAGCUGACGACAGUUACUAGAACUUAGUCUUCAUUAGCUGCUCAGACAGGGCACUUGGUAGCCUAGCAAAUGGUUAAGUAAACAAGUCUUUUAAAAACCAAAACAAGCCGGCAGUCGUGUUGAGUUAUUGCCUCCCUACAACUUCCCCUUUCUCCAGUGUGAAUUGUUUGGCAUGAAGAAUGUUCUUCGUGCUGGUCAUUCUUGAGCGCACGGAGUGCUGGAAGCUAGCAGGGCCGCGUGCAGGGAGACAGAAUUGGCAUCCCGGGUAUUGAACUCGCUUAUCUGCUUGGCUUACCUGCAUUCUCUGCAGAUGAGGCUCUAGCGACGCUGCUUCCCAGAGACACCUGAGCUUCAGCCAUUGAAUGGCUUCGUCCCUGCCAUGUGCGGAGAAUGGAGGCCCCAGCUACUUUAGACUGCUCGUGUUCAGCUGGGGCCUUGUUAAGGAGAGCGGUGUAACAGCCAGCCGGCCUGCAUGUAAACCAUUAAGGCAGGUUCUCCAGCAAGGAACACGUGACUGGUUCCAGUAGAACCCCAAAAAUCUGCUUUUCUCAAUCUGGCUGGCUUGGCCUGACCUUUGUGCACUUGGUGGUUUUCUCUUUCUUCACUAUCUAGUCAAGUCAGUAAAUGACCCUGACUUGAAUGAAAGGACCUGCUGCCAUUUAGUAACUCAACUGAUGUCUCCCUCGUCCUCUCUGUUUGGGCAGUUUCUCCUCUCGACUCGUUAACCCUGCCCAGUCGAGUGGCAGCUGGGGAAGAGGCAAGUAACCAGGGCUCUAGGUGAUAAAUUGACGCUGUUUUUUGUUUCCUCACGUAUUAAGCAUAUCGAUCAGCAUUGUAAAUACAGAAUAUGGCUACCUGUUUGUUCAAAUCUGCACUUUUUCACGGUAUCCAAAAAGGGAAAAUGGAGUAUACAUCAAUUUUUGUAUGGUCUGUUUAAAACCUGGGGUCUUUAUUUGCUUAAUGGGGCUUGGCCCCAUCUCUGUAAGUCUGUUGGGUUCCUUUGUAGAAGCUGUGUUCGUUAAACACCAAGCAAUUCUAGAACAGUCCACUCUCUCUGAUCCAACUAGCUACACAGUCAGUUUCAUAUUCUACUUAACAAGUUAAAUAAACUGAACUAUUUCUAGCUGGUCUACUUCUGUUCAUAUAAACACAUGAUUUCCA